UAACCAUAAUUCGGUCCGGUACGCUGCGUUUCGAAGGUGGCUUGUCAACGCCAUGCCGUUUCCGGAACAACCCCCAAAACGACGUCAAACACCCCCCUGUCCCCCCAUAGUUCAUAAAACAGAAGCGAGAGCACGGCGAGUUGAGAGCUCAGACGGCAGGCGGACCGAGUCAGACCGAGUCAGAAAUGUCGGAAUCGUUCUCAACACUCUACGAGCUACUCAUCCAAUUAUCGGAAUCAAUCUCCAAAUCUCUGAGCAAAGCGCCGGACACUCCGCCGGAAGACGGCGGCGUCUCCUCGAAAACCUUACUGGAAGCUCUCCUCCCUCGCAAGCAACCGCCACGAAGCCCUAACAUCGACGGUGCUCAGCUCCACACCUCAAUCAGGGACUUCGCUCUCGCCUGCGCCGUACUCUCUGCCUCUCAGUCCUCGGCCCACGACCUCCUCUCAUGGAUCCCCAAGGACCUCUCAGCCGCUGCGGACUCGGCCUUUCGCAAGCUUUCGGAAGCUUAUUUAAUGGCUUACAGCGAAAAGAACAGUAAGACGAUUGCUGAAUUGGGUUUGAAUUGCGGUUCGGUUCCUGAGGAGAAGAAGUUGGUGAUAGAAUUGACGCCUGAGGUUCUUCCCUUGUUGAAGAGCAGAAUUAAAGAGAGCUCCAUCGAUAAAUCGGAGGAUUGCGAUGAGUUCUCGGCUGCAUCGGCCAGGGUUCCGGUUGGGUUUGCCAUUGUGGCUGCUUAUCAGUUUAGGUGGUUUGUUACACAGAUUGAUUAUCCUCAUUUGGGGAAGUUGUCUAAUUUGGUUAUUCCUUGUGCAUUGACGGCUCUCGAUCACUGGUCCGCGGAGAUCAAAGGGCAGGGCAUGAUUAGCUUCAUACAUAUUGCGAAAAACGUGAAUGCUGCCGAACUUGGUUGGUUUCAAGAUGUGAUCCUUGAUGCAUGCUGCCAGAAUAUUGCUUCUAGUGAUGAAAUAUGGGAACUUGUGGUCGAGAUGUCGGUGCUUAUUGUGACUUGUACCCAGCAAAGUAAUCCUCGUAGUCCAUGGUUUGAUAAGAUGCUAAAUGAGAUGUUAAGUCACCUGGAGCGCCAAUCUAGGAACAAGGAACGCCGUGUUGCAUGGCUUCGUCAUAUAGAGCCACUUUUUAAUGGUGUGGGUCUGGUGUUACUAGCUCAUUUCAGGCGCAUUUUCCCUCUUUUCUUUAAGUGGAUGCAUGCUGAUGAUGACGAGACUGUUUUACUGGUUCUCAAACAGAUUGAAACAGUUAUAAAGUUAACAUGGGUUAGGAACACACAGUAUGUGGAAAGGUUGGUGGACGAACUUGCUGUUUUGUACAAAGAAGCAGCAUUGAAAAGGUCCCGUGAAGGAAUUAGAGAUGUUGUUAUUCGGAUACUGAUCCUGCUCCACCAAUGCAAAGGAGUGCAGUUCGAAGCAGCCUGGGGAAAGCACAGAGAUGAUCCAAACUUAGCGACCAUUGGUCCCAGUUUCGGUGCCAGUUUAGGUGAACGAAAAGCAACGGUUGUCCAAUUACCGUAUGUGGAAAGAGUUUAGUUUCGCGAAGCAGUUUACAUGCAAAUGUAAAUAUGACUCUUGAUUACAUGUAACAUUUCUUCCCAGUAUAAUCUGGUAGUUAUUUAAAUAUGGUUUGGCCGUGAUUUUGGCCAUGCUGAUCGUA